AUGCAAUUCGCAAGUAUAUUCCUCAUGGCAGGCAUAGCCUUGUCCAUAACACCUCCCGAUGCAACCCUUAUAGAACGCGGAGCCACGCUUGCAGAACCCGGCCAGCCCCAAGACGUGGUAACCACCGACAACAACAUUCUCAACGGCACAUACCACCCCAACGUCGCCCAAACCACGCCGUCCAGCAAUCAUACUCUACCUCUACAGCUCGUCAACAAAUUCAGUGGCGGCCCCAUAAACGCUUACAUCCAAGGCCUGGACAUGAACGGCGCCAUCGUCUUCAUCACCGCAGACGGCAGCCUCGUAUACCCCAGCUCCAGCGGCUCUUCUCUCCCCGUCGAGAUCAAGCAAGACAUUGCAAUUCCUCUCCCCUCCAUGAACGAAUCCAUCACCCUCAACCUCUCCAUCCCCCUCAACUCGGGAAGAAUCUACUUCUGCGAGGGCAAUCUCACCUUUGCCAUUCUCGACCGCGGAGACGGCGAAGGCCUCGUACAGCCUUCCCUCAACUCUCAAGAUCCCAGCGCCUCCCUCAACUGGGGCUUCAUAGAACUGACGUACCCCCAAGACGGCUCAGUCUACGCCAACAUCAGCUACGUCGACUUUGUCGGGCUCAUCCUCAGCAUGGUCCUCUCGACCACAGGCGGAGGAACUCCCCAAAUCACCCGCGGACUCCAGCCAGACGCCGUUCCCAGAAUCUGCUACGGUCUCUACGACCAGAGUCUCAGGGACGACUACCACUGGCUCGGAAUGUGCGUCAUGUCCGACAAGGGCCGUCCCAUCCGCGUCAUCUCCCCAAACUACUACCAUCGCACCCACGAAAGCGCCUUCAAAGAGUACUGGACGAAGUACGUCGACCAAGUUUGGGAGACCUACUCAAGAACGCCCCUCAUCAUCGACACCCAACGCGAAUUCGGCAACGUCACAUGCCUCGUCGCCGACGAGACGCUGCGCUGCGCCAACGACCCCCAUCUAUACCUCAAGCCCUCGGCAGCCGACAUCUGGGGCUGCAACGGCGGCCCCUUUGCCCGAUACGAGGACGAGGCUCCCAUUCACCUUGCCAUCGUCCCCCGUCUCUGCGCGGGAUUCGUGCGUUCGACGCUUCUCCUCCAUGGAGGACACGUGCAGCCCAGUUUGGGAUCGGAACAUCACUACAUGGUCAGCCCGACGAAUCAUUAUAGCCGGCUUGUGCAUGAAUUGCAGUUGGAUGGUAGGGGCUACGCAUUUUCAUACGACGACGUCAAUCCUAACGGGAAUGAGGAUGCGUCGGGGACAGUUGCGGCCGGGAACCCAAGUCUACUGACGAUUUAUGUUGGCUCUCCGCCGACAGAUGUAUAA